GAUGUGACGUUGAGAGAGGAUGGCGGCGCCUGCGCUCAGGCCUGCGAGGUGCGCAACUACGUGGACCCGCACUUUCGGAAAAGGAAGGAGAUGAUGCAGCUUGUCCGGAGGAUGGCCUCGGCGGGCAUGCUCUGCCGGACCGCCGACAAAGUGGGCGAGGUCGGGCUCUUUUGCGCGGCAAAGAAAGCCGAGAUGGUCGGGGGCGAGCCCGAGGUUACACUCCGUUUGGUGUUCGACCAGAGGCGCGCCUACACCCGAUGGCGGUCCCCACCGUGGUGCGCCAUGGGGGGAGUGAGCGCCAUGUCGUUGUUGGAUGUGUCGGAGGAGAUGAAGGAGGACGGGGUGGCCAUUCGUUUCGGCACCGGGGACCUGCCCGACUUCUGCUACACGCUCGAGCUGGGGGAAGAGUUGGCGCCCUACUUCGUGCUGCCGGGGGUCGGUGGAGACGAGCUGGACGCACUCCUCCCGGAGACCUCCCUGCUUCCGGGGAGUGGGCCCUACGUCGGGGUGAAGACGACGUUGAUGGGGUUCUCAUGGGCGUGCUGGAUGGCCCAGACGACCAUGGAGGACAUUUUCAAUGCUGGCCCGCAGGCUGGCUCGAGCUCCUUAUCCGAAGGUCAGCGGCUAGCCGAGGGGGGUCCUCUUUCACACCUCAGUCGGGAGGUGCCCGCGGCGCAUUACGAGUACAUCGACGACUUCGGGAUCAUUGGGCUCGAUUUCCCAGUGGUGCCGGGUCAGGUGGAGGUGACGACGGUGGAGGACAUAUGGCUGGGGGCCAAGGCGCUGGCGGUGGCUGCCGGUUUUCAGGUGCACAAGGAUGCGUGCUCGGAAGCUGCCCGCAUGAUUGGGGGCGAUUUCCAGGGCACACGGCUGGCGCCGAACCAGGACAAGAUGUGGCUAGCGGUGCUCGGCAUCCAGGAGAUCCUGAUCAGCAGGUGGGAGCUGCCCGACUCAAUCGUUCGCGUCGUUGGCAUUAUGUCUUGGGGCUUCUUGAUCCGCCGGGGCGCGCCGAGCAUCUUCUCGGAGGUCUACGCCUGGUGCAUGGAGUUCCGGGGUGGAGCUCGACGCGAAGUGCCGACGGAGGCGUUGAGGGAGCUGGCGACCGCGGCGGCCAUCACACCGGUGGCGUCAGUCGAUUUGGCGACGCCCUGGGACCCCACGGUGGCUGGACAGUCUGGACUGGCAUUUCUUCCUCGGGCUGCCGGCUCGCGGUGCGAGGGCGAGGCCUUCAGGCGCGUGGGCGACGAGGUGGAGCUGGGCACGCGGGUGCGAGCACCUCCCGUGCACGCGUGUUGGGGCGACAUUACCAGCUGGAAGGAGGUCGCGCGUUGGCGCUGGGAGGAGAAGGAGCACAUCAACCUGCUCGAGAUGCGCACGAGCGUGGCGGCGGCGAGGCACUCUGCUCGCAGUCGCGCAAGCUGGGGGAGGAGGCACCUGCGGAUCACCGACUCGAUGGUCUGCCUUGGCGGCUUCAGCAAGGGCAGGUCCGCCAGUCGGCCUAUCUUGAUCCUUUGCCGGCGGAUGGCCGCCCUCGACCUCGGGCGCGGCAUGCGCGAGUACUGGCGCUGGGUACCUUCGGAUCGGAACCACAGCGACGGGCCGAGCCGAGGGUUCCCGAUCGGACAAGCCCCCAAGGAACGGCGGAUGGCCGAGCAGGCGUUGCCGGAGAAGGUGCCCCAGAAGAUCGAGGCCCUCGCGGAUGUGGCGGAGAUCGACCCGUUCCAGCCGCUCAGAAUGGGAAUAUCAGUGCCCGUGAAG